UUUUUAGUUUAUUUAAAUCUGAGGCUUGAUUGCUUCAAAAUACGGAGUAAUUUUUUUUUUUUUUUUUUUUUUUUUUUCAAAUUAAAGCAAAACAUUUCAGUAGUCACCAGUCAGGCAUUUCAACAGGCUCUUGACUUCCAAUUUCUAUCCGCGCUAUCUUCCUCAAUUCCUCAUCAGCAGCAAUGUCUCUGGGAUCUGACCAUAAAGCCACCAUCAUAGAUGGCAAAGCAAUAGCGCAAACCAUUCGCUCUGAGAUUGCAUCAGAGAUACAAGUCAUGUCAGCAAAGUAUAGCAAGGUUCCAGGAUUGGCAGUAGUCAUUGUUGGGAAUAGGAAGGAUUCUCAAAGCUAUGUGAAUAUGAAGAGAAAGUCUUGUACCGAAGUUGGGAUAAAGUCCUUUGACAUUGACCUUCCUGAGGAUGUACAUGAAACUGAACUCAUUACCAAGGUUCAUGAGCUCAAUGCUGAUCCUGAUGUACAUGGUAUAUUGGUUCAACUACCACUACCAAAACAUAUAAAUGAAGAAAAUGUACUGAGUGAAAUUAGUCUGGAAAAGGACGUUGAUGGAUUUCAUCCUCUGAACAUUGGCAAGCUUGCAAUGAAAGGCAGAGAUCCUUUGUUCCUUCCCUGCACUCCAAAGGGCUGCCUCGAACUUCUAUUUCGAAGUGGUGUUACCAUAAAAGGGAAGAAGGCAGUUGUGGUGGGAAGAAGCAACAUUGUUGGAUUGCCAGUUUCUCUGCUACUUCUGAAGGAAGAUGCAACUGUUACUAUAGUCCACUCGCGCACUGAGGAGCCAGAGAAAAUCAUUCGUGAAGCUGACAUUGUAAUCGCAGCAGCAGGACAACCUAUGAUGAUUAAAGGAAGCUGGAUUAAACCCGGAGCCGCUGUCAUUGACGUAGGAACAAAUGCAGUAGAUGACCCAACUAAGAAGUCGGGUUAUAGGCUUGUGGGUGAUGUUGCUUUUCAAGAAGCAUCCAAAGUAGCUGGAUGGAUAACUCCUGUUCCCGGUGGCGUGGGCCCACUGACGGUGGCAAUGCUACUGAAGAAUACAUUAGUUGGAGCCAAGCGAGUUAUUGAGAAGUGAUGAUAGCUCGCGUUUUUCAAAACCGUUGGGAUUUAAAUAAUAAAUAAAAGAAGGGUUUGUUCCUGGUGAAAGUUUUCCGAAACACUGAAGUCAUGUCUAAACCCAAGGAUUCAAAAUGCCAGAAAGGAUCUCAGAACAAGUAAAUACCUUUUAAAUUUUCUACUAUAUUCAAAUUUUUUAUGAGACAGAGACAAGCAGAACAGGUGGAAAUGCCGCUCAAUAAAUUAAAUCGUCUACUGUCUAGUACGAGUUAUGAGAGAAAGAAUGAUUUCUUUGUAAUUUGUAAUUCACACUGUACUGUACCAAGUGGUCAGCCUUUUCUUGAAGCUCCUGAAAUAACCUUUACCCUGGCAGUCUGGCUGGACAAAGUAUUAAUGCUGUAAGCUAACAGAAUGUUGGGUGAGUACUGAGUAGUGUGUGUUUGGACUUGUCAGUGUUUUUCUUGUUCGUUCUUAUGGUUAGUUAAAUAACAUGAACGACCUUGUUUUAGAGUUCGAGUGCUAAACAAACAGGACUUGGUCAGUAGGAAAUCUAUUUGAUCAAAAUUCGGUGAAUAGUUUAUUAGAUGUCUGUUAAGGAUGUUCAAAAUUUCAAUAAGAAGUGGCUAAAGCUCAUCAUACAAG